UCCCCACUGCUCUCUCCACUGCUCUGCAAAUAACGAAGAAUGGAGAUUCACUUGAUGAAACUCGAAGAAAACUUGAGGAUUCAACAUCUUAUCGAAAGAAAAAGAUAAGUUUCUCAUCUAUAUUUGCAGUCCUGUUGAAUUCACAAUAUAAAUAUCGGUUCCUAGGCAAAUGAGCGCUGAUUACCUUUUUGAAUUCUAAAACGCUUCCAGAGCAAAAACUUGAAUCUCUAGGGUUUCAAUACAGUUAACUACAGAACUUACGAAUAACGAAAAACGUAAUGAAUAAGCUUGGAAUUUCAGGAAUGAAGAGUUUAAAUCAACUUAGGUCAUUAUCAGGAUCAAUUUCUGGAAGUGGUGGAGGAAAAACAGUGCCUUCAAUGUCUUCAUAUAGAUCUUCUUCUUCAGAUUCAGUUUCUUUGGGAAGUUUUGCUAAUCUGAAACUUACUGCAGAGAAAUUAGUUAAAGAGCAAGCUUCCGUGAAAACCGAUCUUGAAAUGGCGAACUCGAAACUCAAAAGAGCGGUGGACCAUAUUCAUUUGCUGGAGGAGAAAUUACAGAAUGCAGUAAAUGAAAAUGCAAAGCUUCAAGUGAAGCAGAAAGAAGAGGCAAAACUUUGGAAAGGAUUGGAAUCUAAAUUUUCUUCAACAAAGACUUUAUGCGACCAACUUACUGAAACAUUACAACACUUGGCUGGUCAGGUUCGCGAUGCUGAACAUGAUAAGAAGGUGUUUGAAGACAAAUUUUUAGCAAGUUCCGAAGCAUUUGACAGCUUGCAGCUUCAGAUGACUGGUCUAACAUUGAAAAUUGACUCUGCGGAGGAAAACAUGAGAAAAUGUGAAGAAUCGCUGAGUGAACUUAAAAUUGAGAAAGAGGAAAGGGAGAAAUUUUAUGUCAAUGAACAAGGCCGAACUGCCAAUCUUAUAGGAGAAAAAGAUGCUCAGAUCAAGGACCUAGAAAGAGCUGUUGCAGCAGACAGCUUGUGCUUGGAUAAUCUUAAUACACGGUUGGAAGAGGUCCAAAGAGAUUUGCGGUUGAAAGAAGACAUGUGCAAGUGCUUGGAAGAUGCUCGGAGCAAUUUGGAGAAAGAGAAGGGUGCUCUCCAGUCUAACAAUGAACAUUAUGCUAGGCGAUUACUUGCAUCUGGUCAAGAGAUAAAAGAUCUUCAAGUUCUGGUCCAUGACUUGGUAGAGAAGUUAAUCGAAUUGGAUCAACAGAGUGCAAUGGUUUCAGAUAAUGUGGCUCAGCUAAACCAUUCAUUUGACACUUGCUACAAACUGGCUAAGCAAGAGAAGGACUUAACUGCUAACCUUAGUCAGCUCCAAUCUAAUCAUCUCCACAAACAAUUGGUGAAUGUUAAAUAUGAAAACGAUAAUCUUCAAUUAGAUAAUGAAGAGCUUAAGAGCAAGAGUGUCGAGCUCCAGAAACUCCAGGAGCUUUUGAUAUUACAUCAUGCCGAAGAAAACCGUUCAGCAGAAGAAAGAAUCAAGAAAAUGGAGUCUGAAGCAGAAGGUAUUAUUUUGAAAAAGACAGAAUUGGAGAUGUUGUUAACCAACAUGGAGGAGAGAAUAAAACAAUUGUCCGAAGAAUCAGAACUCGCUGAAAAUAAAAUGCGAGAAUUAUCACAGAAUAUUUCCACACUAGAAUCUGAGAGUCGAUAUAUUCAAGACAAGCUGCAGGUGAAGCUACAGGGAAAAUCUGAAGAAACUGAAGGUCUUCAGAAAGUGAUUGUUGAACAUGAGGAACAUGUAGCUUCCCUAGAAAAUCAAGUUAGUGAGCUUCGUGUAAAUUUAGGAGAGAAGGAACAGCUUCAUCAACACUACAUUGAAAAGGAGAAACUAUUAGAAGAUAAAAAAAAAGAGAUUCAGGCAUCUCUAGCUGCUGCAGAAAGUACGCUUGCUGAAACAAAAAAGCAGUAUGAUGUGAUGCUGGAAAGCAAACAGUUAGAGUUGAGUAAACAUUUGAAGGAAAUUUCUCAAAGGAAUGAUCAGGCUGUUAAUGACAUCCGGAGGAAGUUCGAGCUGGAGAAGCUGGAUAUUGUUAAUCAGGAGAAACAGAAGGGUGAUGAAUUGUUUCAUAAGAAGCAUGGGAUUCAUAUAUCUGGGAAUAGUGUGUCGUUGCCACCUCAGAGGUUUUAGAUAACUUCAUAAAAGCUAAUUGCUUAAACGUGGUAAUGGUCUCGCUGGAACUGGA